AGACUAUCGAUUAGAUCUAUCUUCUAUAAAUUUAGAGCUCGAAUAUGUCAACAUUUGUCUAAACGUGGAUAUGUAGAUCUAAAAUAAAUUAUAACUAGAUAUAACCUAGAUCUAUAUCUAGAGAUAACAACAACGGAACCAGAGAGGAUAGAUGACCACUACAUUGGCACUUAAACUAUAACAUAAAUUACCUAUCUAGUUAAUAAUGCAAGAGAAGCCUUGAGAUUAACAGCUGCCAACUUCAAGAAUGCCUGGAUCAUGUCAACUCAUUUGCCUGCAGAAAAUGCAUGCACCUAUCGACUUACCUGAUGGAGUACCUGUGAACAUUGGUCGCAGUCCUGAGACACAAAUAACUGAUCCCAGGUGCUCAAGAAAUCAAGUUCUAUUGAUUGCUGAUUGGAAGAACCAGAGAGUGCAAGUGAAGCAGCUGGGUGCUAAUACAUCUGCAGUAGAUGGCAAUGAUAUUGGUCACAAUACUGAAGUCGUUAUGACCCCUGACUCAACAUUGUUUAUUCUUUCAGGUCAUUUUCCUCACAGAGUAGUAUUUGAGGACAUACAUAGGACUAGCCCUAAGUCACCUGAACAAUAUAAAACAAGUCAUAUUAAAGAAUCUUCAAGCAAAAAAGAAACCAGCAAAGAGUCCAUUAGAGAAAAAGAUAAAAAUCAUGUGUCCAAACCAUCCAAAAGAAGUCUUGCUGAAAGCAGUGACAUGCCAGAAAAGAAAAAAACAAAGACAGAAGACCGUGGUCAUGUUUCUGGAAAAUCAUCCAAACCUGAAGAUGGCAAAAGGGUCAAGGACAGCAAAGAGAAGGUUUCAAAAUCAAGCAAUGGAGAUGAUGACGAGCAUCAACUGAAAAUCAUCGAAGAAAAACUUAAGCAGCUGAAAAAAAAUAUCCAGGCAGAAAAGAAAACAAGCCACAAUGAAAAGGAUAAAAAGUUGAAGCCAUCUCCAUCCUUAACAACCACUGCCAUGGUUAGCUCAAGCUCUCUACUUGUAGCUAAAGAAAACUCGUGGACAACAGAAGAACACCUGUAUGUCCUGACCUCCAAAGGAGUUAAAGCUAGAAACAAGAUAGCGUCAUUUGACCUUGAUGGAACCUUGAUUACAACUAGUUCUGGCAAAGUAUUUCCUGUUGACUCCAAUGAUUGGAAAAUUGCUUACCCUGAGAUAUUUAAUGAGAUGAAACGCCUCCAUCAAGAAAAAUACAAAAUUGUUAUAUUUACAAAUCAGCUAGGUGUCUCCAAGGGUAAAACCUCUAUAGAAGAUCUGAAAAGUAAAAUAGAGAAUGUUGUCACCAAACUACAAGUGCCUGUCCAAGCUUUUGUAGCAACUCAUGAUGGAGAAUUCAGGAAGCCAUGUGAUGGAAUGUGGGAAAUGUUGAAAAAGCAAUAUAACAAUGGUCUUCCUAUUGACCCCAAGGAAAGUUUUUAUGUUGGAGAUGCAGCAGGAAGACCUGCCAACUGGGCACCAAAGAAGAAAAAAGAUUUCUCUAAAAGUGACAGGCUGUUUGCUCUCAAUAUUGGCCUGCCAUUCAAAACCCCUGAAGAAUUUUUCUUACAUCAGAAGGCAGCUCCAUUUGAAAUGCCUCAGUUUGAUCCUAGGAAAUUGAGCUCUAAAGAUCCUUUACUGUCAUCUUCCACUCAAUUGACUAAAGGGGAUAGAGAAGUAAUAGUACUGGUUGGAUUUCCUGCCUGUGGGAAAUCAUUUUUUUCAAAUGAAUUGUUGAAACCCAAAGGCUAUGUUGUUGUAAACCGAGAUACUCUGGGCAGCUGGCAGAAGUGUGUCAAACUAGUCAAUGAAUCUCUACCUAGAUCUAGUGUUGUUGUUGAUAAUACAAAUAUCACAAAGGAUGAAAGGACACGCUAUAUUGAAUGUGCCAAAAGAGUAAAAGUGCCUUGCAGGUGUUUUGUUUUCACCACCUCUAUAGAACAGUGCCGGCAUAAUGAAAAGUUUCGACAAAUAACUGACAAAUAUCAUGAAAAAAUUAAUGAGAUGAUCUUUAACAGAGUGAAAUCCAAGUAUGAGAAGCCUGACCCGAGUGAAGGCUUUUCAGAAAUAGCUGAAGUGAAUUUUGUGCCAAGAUUUUCUUCUCCAGCCUUAGAAGCCAAAUACAAAAAAUUUUUGCUAGAGAAAUAGCAUCUAUUAAAUUAUUUCUAACAAUUGAACAAAUUAUAUCAUCACCAUGUUUCUAGACACUAAAAAUAAACAUAAGUAUUACAAAUACA